AUAACUAACACCGGGAACCAGUCCGGUUCUAUCCCGAUAAUGGCUUAGUGUAGUAGGCUGUUAGGAACAUGCUGCAUCCAGCUGAACUACACCAUCGGUUGCAAACAACCGCACCCCGUAACCGGGAUCCCAUUAUCACAUGCUGCUAACCGACCGGCCGCGUGUGGCUUAUCGGAAAGAAGAAACCGUCUUGCCCGAAAUGCUAUUAUCACCUUCGGCAGACGCUAUAUAAGACGCUUACCAUUUCGUUCGCUGUUGCAGUGUGCAGGUGUAUCAUCGCUUCUACCACCGUUCCAACCCCGUGCGGAGUGUACAUUCACGGCUCAGCCGAGCUGACCGGUCCGACGUGGGCAAGACGUUUUGUGGUCAGUCCCGUUCAUCCAUUCGUGAACAAAACCAACCGGGCGGUAAUUAUCGUUCGAGAUGAUGUACCAGCUGUGCGUCUAUCUUGCCCUGUUCGGUGGCCUAGUUUCAACCUCACCAUUGUACCAUCAGCAUGCUGAGGAAGAAUACGAUCCGAUGCAUCCGCAGCGGUUCCUAUUCGAAGAACCGUCGCUGCCAGCAGCAGACCAACGCACCAAACGCGCGUCCGCAACGAUGCCGAAAUUACGCUUUGAACCACCGACCCAGACGGAACACCAUGCCCAGUAUUGGAACAAUCUUGCGCAAGAUAUUCUCGACCGCCAGCUGCACAAGAACAGACUCAACCGGAAGGUGGCCAAGAAUGUAAUCAUGUUCCUGGGUGAUGGGCUCUCGAUACCGACGCUCGCCGCUACACGCGUCUAUCUCGGCGACGAAAGUACCGAACUAUCGUUCGAACGGUUCCCGUACGUUGGUCUCUCCAAGACGUACUGUGCCAACGUACAGGUGGCCGAUUCGGCUUGCACCGCUACCGCCUACCUGGCCGGGGUGAAAGCUAACUACGGCACGAUCGGGCUUACGGCGGCGGCUGCCCUCGGGGACUGUCAGGCACAGAACGAUACCGCCAACCAUGUACAUUCCAUUGCAAAAUGGGCCCAGGAUGCAGGACUGGCUACCGGAUUCGUUACGACCACCGAGGUAACGAAUGCUUCACCGGCCGGCGUAUACGCCCAUACGGCAAAUCGUAACUGGGAGUCAAAUGGCGCUAUCGAGAAUGACGGCUUUGAUCCAACCGUUUGCCAAGAUAUUGCCACCCAGCUUAUCCAUGGCCAUGUCGGCAAACAAAUGCGAGUUAUCAUGGGAGGAGGUCGCCGCCAAUUUCUGCCCACACACGAAACCGACAUCGAUGGCAUCCGAGGCAAGCGUACGGAUGGGGUGGAUUUAAUUAAACACUGGCAACAUCAUCAUUCCCAUCACCGAUCUGCAUACGUGCAGAACCGUAUCCAAUUACUCGAGACUGACACAGAACGGGGUGAGCUGGACUAUCUGCUCGGGCUAUUCAGCAGCAAGCAUCUUCCCUAUCAUCUCGACGCGGACGAACGGCAGAUCCCAACCCUAACCGAGAUGGUAUCGAAGGCGAUGGACAUUCUCGAGCGCAACGAUGAUGGCUACUUUCUAUUUGUGGAAGGUGGCCGGAUUGAUCAUGGGCAUCAUUACACUCAGCCGAUAAGAGCCUUCGACGAGACGGUCGAGUUUGCCAAAGCUAUCGAGAUGGCACGCAGCCGCACGAGCCAGGAUAAUACCCUGAUUGUCGUUACUGCGGAUCAUUCGCACACGAUGACAAUGAGCGGCUAUUCGAGUCGCAAAAAUGACAUACUCGGAGUUAAUAAUGGCCAGCGGGCGGAUGACGAGUUGCCGUACGCUACCAUCAGCUACGCUAACGGACCAGGCUACGAUCGGAACGUGCAACGCGAGGCACGGCUAGAUCUGAACCGGGUCGACAUGCGGGACAAAUCGUUCGCCUUUCCGAGCACCGUACCACUCGGGCUGGAAACGCACGGUGGUGACGAUGUGGCCGUUUUUGCUAGCGGUCCCUGGGCGCAUCUGUUCAGCGGUACCUACGAGCAGCAUUUUAUUCCGCACGCGAUGGCAUAUGCGUCCUGCAUUGGCCCGAGGCGUACGUCCUGCACCAACAGCGAACAAUCGUAAACGGACAUCUUUACCAACAAAACAGUACAUUGGGAGCAAUGGUGGGGGAGGGAAAGAAUUUUUAGAAUCUCACAAGCGUUCGCAAUGAUGCCGGAAGGUAUCAUGGCCAGAACGCAAGACCCGUGCCUUGUGGUACAAGUAUUCCUUUCGGCUUAAUUGUCAUCCAGUAUUGGAGCUCAACUGAAGUUGAUUGAGAUGCCACGGGUGCGGGGGCGAGUUACCAGACGUAGUAAAUAAAUGCGUACGCAUUAAAACGCUACGCAGCGAAAUGA